AUGGUGGAUCAACUACACGUCUAUCUCUUCGGGGACCAGACGUUUGAGGUUUCCACUAAACUUCCGCCACUCCUUCACUGUAAGACCUCGCCACUGUUAGAGGCCUUCUUUGAGCAAGCGUACCACGCGCUUCGAUCCGAAAUUGCACAGCUCCCCGCUCGGGACAGAGACACCUACCCUCGCUUCUCGAGCAUCGCAGAGCUUCUAGCGUGGAGGAAUCGACAGGAAAGGCUCCAUCAGCCCAUUGAGACGACCUUGACUUGUAUCUACCAAUUAGCCCAAUUUAUCAGUGAGCAUGACGGAUUCGGACGUGCCUAUCCUUUCCCAAAGGAGACAUGCGUGUCCGGCCUAUGCACAGGCGCCCUGGCUGCGGCCGCAGUCAGUUGCUGCAACACCGUUUCGGAGCUUCUUCCAGUUGCUGUCCAGACCGUUGUCGUGGCACUUCGCACUGGACUUUGCGCGUUGAACGCCGCCAAGGCUGUCGAUCAGUCCGAGGAAAAUUGGUCCAUAGUGCUGGUUGGCCUUUCGCAGCAGGAGGUCUCGGACCGGCUGCAGGAAUUCUCCCAUUCGCACCGCCUUCCCAUCACUUCCCAGCCCUAUGUCAGCGCCUACGCCGAGAAUUGGCUGACAAUCAGCGGACCGCCUCGCAUACUGGGUCUUCUCCGUGACUUGGAGAACUUCACGACUGCUCAUCCACGCACAAUCCCCGUUUUUGCUCCAUAUCAUGCCCCACAUCUGUUCACGAAGGAAGACAUUAAGGCCAUCUUGUUGACAACGCCUGAAGGUGUCUGGGGCCGUUAUAGUGCGGUUCUACCAGUCGUUUCGAGCACCACCGGCCAACUGAUCGAAGGGGAUAACCUUCGACGUCGCUUGGAGGCAGCACUGGUUCAAAUUCUCUUGGAGCCUGUCCAAUGGCACCAGCUCACACAGGGGGUAGCCUCCGUCCUCUCUUCAAGUGGUGCAUCCCAGUUCACGAUCAGCCCAGUUGGCACAAAUGCCGACACAGCUCUGGGGGUUGCUCUCAACUCCACAGCGGGAUUGUCCAAUGGGGCUAUUCCGGAGAGAGUUCCUCGGACGACUCACAUCGAGGCUGAUCAUACUAAGCCCAUUGGUUCGACGGGUGGCUCAAAGAUCGCCAUCAUUGGCAUGUCGGGACGAUACCCCAGCGCCGAGAACAACGAAGAAUUCUGGGAUUUGAUCUUCCAAGGACUGGACGUGCAUAAAGUCGUCCCCGACCUUCACUGGAGCGCACAGACGCAUGUGGAUCUGACCGGAAAGAAGAAGAACACAAGUGCGACGCCGUACGGCUGCUGGCUGGACUCCCCUGCCGCAUUCGAUGCCCCAUUCUUCAACAUGUCUCCCCGCGAAGCACCACAGGUGGACCCAGCGCAAAGGAUUGCCUUGAUGACGGCUUAUGAAGCCAUUGAGCAAGCUGGCAUUGUCCCCGACGCAACGCCGUCGACUCGCAAGGAUCGCGUGGGUGUCUUCUACGGCGUGACCAGUAACGAUUGGAUGGAGACCAAUAGCGCGCAGAACAUCGACACCUACUUCAUCCCGGGUGGGAAUCGUGCAUUCAUCCCGGGCCGUCUCAAUUACUUCUUCAAGUUUAGCGGUCCAAGUUACAGCGUGGACACGGCCUGUUCGUCGAGCUUGGCAUCUCUCCAUGUGGCCUGCAACGCCUUGUGGCGAGGCGAUAUAGAUACUGCAAUUGCCGGUGGAACCAACGUUUUGACCAACCCGGAUUUUACGGCCGGAUUGGAUAGAGGACACUUUUUGUCCCGGACGGGCAACUGCAAGACCUUUGAUGAUGGUGCCGACGGAUAUUGUCGAGGCGAAGGAGUUGGCACCGUCAUCCUGAAGCGGCUCGAAGACGCAGUGGCUGACAAGGACCCAAUCCAUGGCCUGAUUCUCGGAACGUACACGAAUCAUUCCGCGGAGGCAGAAUCAAUUACGCGUCCCCAUGUCGGAGCCCAGAGAGACAUCUUUCAAAAGAUCUUGAAUAGCUCUGGAGUUGACCCUUACAGCGUCAGCUAUGUGGAGAUGCAUGGAACCGGUACCCAAGCGGGUGAUGCGAGAGAGAUGUCGUCCGUCCUGGAUACCUUCGCUCCCACGAAUACUCGUCACCAGCGGCAACCCGACCAGGCCCUUCACCUCGGCUCGGUGAAAGCCAAUAUCGGACAUGGCGAGGCGGCCUCUGGCGUGAGCGCCCUCACCAAGGUUCUGCUCAUGAUGCGAAAUAAUAUCAUACCUCCCCACUGCGGCAUCAAAACGAAGAUUAAUUCCAAGUUCCCGUCAGACAUGGAGUCGAGAAACGUGCACAUUGCAAGGCAGCCGAUUCCGUGGGGACGCGCUGGUAACGAGCCGCGCAGGGCCUUCGUGAACAACUUCAGCGCUGCGGGAGGCAACUCGGCGGUACUGCUUGAAGACAAGCCUGAAGAGGUUGAAAUAGAGGGGACUGAUCCCCGGACAACCCAUCUGGUUGCCGUUUCCGCCAGGUCCGCAGCUUCCAUGGCGGCGAACCUGAAGUCGCUGAUGGCGUACAUUGAAGGGCAGCAGGAUAAGCCACUAUUCCUGCCCCAGCUGUCGUAUACUACGACCGCUAGACGCAUGCACCAUCUCCAUCGAGUUAUGCUUGCUGGGUCAACAACAGAGGAAAUCAAGCGUCAUCUGGAAGCAGCAAUCGCCCGCGGCGAUGGCGCGACGAGACCGAAGUCGCCUCCGAAAAUGGUCUUUGCCUUUACAGGCCAGGGGGCGCAGUAUGUUGGGAUGGCCCGAACGCUCUAUCGAAGCUUCCGCCAGUUUCAGGAUGAUAUAUCCCGCUUUGAUGAGCUGAGUAAGGCCUUGGGCUUCGCAAGUUUCAAGGAGAUCAUCGUAGAUGAUUCGGGGAGGGACAUUCAGGAGUUCUCCCCUGUAGCGGUGCAGUUAGCCACCGUCUGCAUGCAAAUUGCAUUGUCCAGGCUGUUGAUCUCAUGGAAUGUCACGCCCGAUGCCGUUGUCGGCCACAGCCUUGGGGAGUACGCCGCCCUGAACGUUGCCAAGGUCCUCUCCGACGCAGAUACGAUUUUCUUGGUGGGCAAACGCGCGGAAUUACUGCAAAAGCGAUGCACACUUGGCACACAUAGUAUGCUGGUUGUCAAGGCCGGCAUGUCGGAGGUUCAGUCUGCUCUUGCUGGAGCAACUCAUGAGAUUGCAUGCGUCAAUGCUCCAGAGGAGACCGUUCUUGCAGGACCGAACGAGCAGGUCGAAGAGCUGCAACAGAUAUUGAGCGACAAAGGCUUAAAAUCCAAAAUCCUUUCCGUGCCUUUCGCCUACCACUCUUCUCAGGUCGACCCUAUCCUAGGCGAUUUGGAAGACGUCGCAGGCGGAGCAACGUUCCAGCAACCCGCGAUCCCAGUCAUAUCCCCACUCCUGACCAACGUGAUUGAGGAUGUCGGCAUUAUUGGACCCGAGUACCUGAGACGCCACUGUCGUGAGACUGUCAAGUUUGCGGAUGCCCUUCAGUCCGCAAAGGAAAAUGGAACAGUCAAGGACGGGUCCUUCGUGCUCGAGAUCGGACCACAUUCCAUCGUUACCGGAAUGGUGAAAGCGACCCUCGGACCUGCGGUGGCCGCCGUAGCAACCCUCCAGCGCAACAGAGAUGAUUGGAAAUCGUUGACCGACAUGCUCUCGUCUCUGUAUCGUGCUGGCAUUGAUAUUCGCUGGCACGAGUAUCACCGGGACUUUGCGGCGGCUCACAAAGUCUUGGAGCUGCCGGCAUACAAAUGGAACCUCAAGGAUUACUGGAUGCAAUAUACGCAUGACUGGUCCUUGCGCAAGGGUGACCCGCCUCUCGUCACCCCAUCGGUUGGACCCCUCGCGUCUACGACAAUUCACAAUGUGGUGGAGGAGAGCAUCGAUGCCAUCACUGUGGAGUCAGAUAUGGCACGGGCUGAUUUCAAUCCUCUGGUACAAGGCCAUGAGGUAGAUGGGGUUCCUCUAUGUACACCGUCUGUGUACGCCGAUAUCGCGCUUACCGUUGGCAAAUAUCUGCUCCAGCGCUAUCACCCUGAGAUGGAAGAAAGCCUGGUUGAUGUUUCGAACAUGACCGUGAUGAAAGCCCUGAUUGCAAAGCCGGAGGGCCCCCAACCACUGCGCACAUUUGUGACGGUGGACUGGGCAGCUAAGAAAGCGAAGGGGCGGUUCUGUUCUUUUGACAAGAAAGGCCAGCCAACUGUGGAGCAUGCCAACUGCGAGAUCCACUUCACUGAUAGAUCUCGAUUAGAGCAGCUGGAACAAACGGCUCACGAGAAAAAGGCACGGAUGGCGAGUAUGCGCAAGGAUCUGGAGAAUGGCCCGACACAACGGUUCAACCGAGCCAUGGUGUACAAGAUGAUCAGUCCACUCGCGCAGUUCCACAAGGAUUAUCGGCCUCUUGAUGAGGUUGUCAUGGAUAGCAACACCUAUGAGUGCGCCAGUCGGGUGAGUUUCAAGGGCGUUGAAACCGAGGGCACGUUCCACACCCACCCAGCUUACCUGGAUGGCCUCACCCAAGCUGGUGGGUUUGUCAUGAACUGCAACGACAGUAAUGAUCUAGAUGUGGAGGUCUUCGUCAAUCAUGGAUGGGAGUCUUUGCAGGUCUAUGAGCCUCUCAGUAAGGACCAGACCUAUUCGACCUUCUGUCAAAUGUCCGAGAGGGAUUCAAGAAAAUAUCAAGGGGACGUGACAGUGUUUGAUGAAAACUGGAGAGUUGUCGCCAGCUACAAAGGAAUUGUGUUCCAAGGUGUUCCACGAAGGGUCCUCCGGUUCUUCCUGACCGUCGACGGGGUCAAACCAUCUCGGGGUCAGCCGCAACAGAAGGGAAACGCAGAACCAGCACGGUCCGCAGUAACAGUAUCCAAGCCUUCCAUGCCCUCGGUUCCUGCUGUCAGCACCAAGACCAGAGGAGUCAAUGGCCCAGCCCCUGCCACCCGGUCAAAGCCUUCACUUGCCGAACCGGCUCUGAAGAUCAUCUCAGAAGAAAGCGGUCUCUCCCUGAGUGAUCUGACAGACGACUCCGUUUUCGCUGACAUUGGGAUCGAUUCCCUUCUCUCCUUGGUCAUCACCAGCCGGUUCCGUGAGGAACUCAAUCUGGACAUGGAGUUUGAUGAUAUCUUCACCAGGUACAUGUCCGUGAAGGAACUGAACGGCUUCCUCAAGCAAUACAGCGGGGCGGAAGAUUCAGUCCCUUCAGACAGCAUAUUGGAGCAGCCUCGUCCCGUCAAGGAUGCAGUGCCCGAGAUCCUGGGGCAAGCACCUGGGUUCUCCGCCACGGAGCCCGUCGAGGGUGCCAGCUUGUACGUCGGCGCAGUCUUUGAUGCCGCCCUUGGUAUCAUCUCUGAAGAAAGCGGUAUGGCGGUCUCAGAGUUGACGGAUGACUGCGUAUUUGCCGACAUUGGCAUUGACUCGCUCCUGUCCCUUGUCAUCGUCAGCCGCUUCCGUGAGGAACUGGAUCUAGACAUCGACGUAGACUCCGUCUUUAUCGACUAUCCGACGGUACAAGAGUUGAAGACAUUGUUCAAGCCGGAAGCCUCAGAAUCUGAAUACACCUGCCGGACUCCAUCAGAACAACUCGACCGGUCAGAUCAAGAUAUCUCUUCUGGAAAUCGUUCCUCGGCAACCUCUCAGGGCUCAGACUCCGAGCAGGAUGCCGCUGACCUGAAGGAGGAGCAUGCUGCCGUGCCGGCCGCGACCUCCGUGCUCUUGCAGGGAAUUCCCAAGUUCGCCGAAAAGAUCCUGUUUCUUUUCCCCGACGGCGCUGGUUCGGCAACGUCCUACUCUGGAAUCCCACGGCUGGGGUCGAAUGUGGCGGUAAUCGGCCUCAACUCUCCUUACUAUAAGAUCCCGGAGCUGUUCAAGUGCACCUUGGACGCCCUUAUCGACAGCUACAUCACUGAGGUCCGCCGCCGCCAACCCAACGGGCCGUACCACCUCGGUGGCUGGUCUGCCGGGGGCAUCCUCGCCUAUCGCGCCGCGCAGAAGCUAAUCAACGCCGGGGAAGCGGUGCACAAUCUCCUGCUGAUUGAUUCACCCGUGCCCAAAGGUCUUGACAAGCUUCCCCAGCAUUUCUACGACUACUGCAACAAGCUGCAACUGUUUGGUCAGCCGACCACCACCACAGGGUCUGCAGCCGCCAAACCUCCAGCAUGGCUAGUCCCCCAUUUCAACGCCACCAUCGACACGCUGCACGAGUACUUCGCCACGCCUCUACCAGUCGGGAAGACUCCACGCACGUCGAUCAUAUGGGCAUCUGAGAGUGUUAUGGACGGGAAGAAUGUGCCCAAAAUGCCUCCGCAUCCGGACGAUACCGAAGGCAUGAAGUUCUUGACGGAGGCUCGCACCGACUUUUCGGCCUGCGGAUGGGAGGCUUUGUUUCCCGGUGGCACAAUCAUCUUAGAUCGAACGGAGGGGUUGAAUCAUUUCUCGAUGAUGAGACGAGAACACGGGGCUAAGUUAGGGGGGUUUAUCACCCAGGCUCUGGCGUGA